AUGAUGUCCAAGGUCCAGAUCGCGCUCAUCCUCGCUGCCACUGCCUUCCUCGCCUCUGGAAUGCCGGCGGCUCCCGUCACGCAAAUCCUCGAUGGCCAGAUCAAGGCCCCUCCAGGAGUACCCGUCAAUAUCAUCUCAGAUGGACAGGCACAGGCCCAGCUUCCUUCCGCGACACCUAAAUCGCACCUCAAGCGCGACAAUGGUGGCGUGAGUCCCGAAUCGCUCCAACAACGUGAAGGAGCUGGCCUAGGCACUACUCGUGCCUUCGCCGUCGCUGUGUACCUCUACCUAUGGCUGAGCACGGUGCCGAAGAUCUUCGGACACUAGCAAACUUACCCUGGAAGUUCCUCGCUCUUCAUGGGCCACUUUGUGGGGCAACAGCGCUCGGAAUGCGUAAGGUCUAUUCAGCUGGCCUCGAUAAGUGGCAGGGUAGCCUUGUAGUCACGAGCUACUGAGCGUAAGCCCGAUGUCGGCUUGAUUUGGUUGCCGUCCGCACGGAUUCAUAUAGGGAGAUUAGGCAGGAUAGUA